AUGGCUAUCCAGUUUCUACUAGCCCUGAACAGACAGGGGAAGACGAGGGUGUCGAAAUGGUAUGUGAAUGCUAGCGACGAGGAGAAAUGGAAGACGGAAUCACAGGUGCACAAGCUGAUAUGUUCAAGAGACCACAAGAACCAAUCGAACUUUGUACAGUUCCAGAGCAGGAAACUGGUAUAUAAGAGGUAUGCCGGGCUGUUUUUCUGUUUCUGCAUAGACGUCCAGGAUAAUGAACUAAGCUACCUCGAAAGCAUACGCUUACUGGUAGAGGUAUUGGAUUCUUAUUUCAACAAUGUUUGUGAAUUGGACCUGGUGUUCAACUUCUACAAAGUGAGCGAAGUGAUCGACGAGAUGUUUUUGUCUGGAGAGAUUGAGGAGACCUCCAAAGAUGUGAUACUGCAGCGGGUCCAAGAGACGGCCAAGCUGGAUUGA